CAGCUGUAGGUGUACUCGUGCUCGUCGCGAGUUCUCUCUUAUUUGUUUUAUUUACCCGUGGAUUGCACAUGAUGCCGAAUUGCAGGCUCCAUCCAUUGCAUCAUUUGGUCCCGGAGCCGUUCAUGCGAUACUGUACUUGCAUGUCUUGUCAGGGACUUCCCCCCCCACGCCCCCGAGGUUAUUAUCAGUUCAUGGUGUUGAUCCUAUGUUUCUAUUUCCUACCUAUAUGGCAGGGCUUACUAUCGCGAGGUUGGGGUUAUCUGCAAUUUGCUGCGAUGUUUACACCAUGAACCCGCACCAUCGACUCUUCCAUCAUCCGUGAUCCCCCCUCCCUCCUUCCCCCUCCGCAACCCUGCUGGCAGAAGCAAUUUGGCUGGAGUCACCGCUUCAACAAGCGUCUUGAUUGCCAGUCGCAUUGCCUAUACAUCAUGGCAAAACUCAGUGCGAUCCAGAGGGUCGUGGAAGCAUAUCUCAUCAGCGUCGCACCAAGCACGCCGGCAUUUGGCUUCUUGACCCUAGUGCCGUGGAGCUCGCAGGAGAAGCCGGCCAACGUGUUGGCAUAUGGGGCAGGUUGUGGAGAGUUGAUGUUGGAAAGCAUCGCCCAGAUAGUGGAGCAGCACGAGGUCGUGUUGAUCGUAUCCGUAUACAGGACGAAGAAUGAGAAAAGAAGCGUGGUAUGCCUUUUGGACUAUCUUAGGGUGACGCAUCCCGACGCGGUCGUCUUCCUGGUGCAGCUUCCAGAUCGGUUGGACCCUGAGCUGACUAAGGCCUACCUUAGUACAUUGAUGGUGCGGCAUGACGAGCUCUCCACCUUCGGGGCGGAUGGCGUGCUGAUGGAGCUGGCGGGUGACCCUGGGGGGCUGCACCAAAGGUUAAGUUUGGAGCUGCAAGAGAACGCCGCCAUCCAGCUGCGCGUGCAGGCACAUAGAAGCACUGAUCCAUGGACUGCCAUCUGCCAUGCAGAUCAAAGGCAUGGAGGACGAGUUCCGCAGUUUGCUCUGGGAUGCCAUCCCAGAUCUGCUGAUGCCCGAUUUCGCGCCUCUGGACGACCGUCUCCUGGAAUGUGGGAAUCGGGUUGGGGAUUUCCAGCUCGUGCGCCCAUACCCAGAUCACCAGCACGUGUCGUUGGCGGUGAACGGGCAGCAUGAAAACGUAGUGAUCAAAGUGUGCGACAAGCGCAGCGUCACCAAUGUCAAGGAGGUGGAGAGCAUAUACCAGGAAUUUUGUUUCUUGACGCACACCCUCGACCACCCACACAUCAUCCGUUGCUUAGGCAUGUUGCACAGUCAGUGUAGUGUGCAUUUGGUUCUCCAGUAUGGUGGAGACAUGUGCAUGGAGCAGGUGUUGUCGGCUCAAUCUGGGUACCGCUUGUUCAGGGACGACGCCUUGGAUUGCAGUGCCCAGAUCGCCAGUGCUCUGUCCUACUGCCACGCCCAGGACGUCGUCCAUGGGCAAGUGUCUUUGAGACACGUGGCUGUACAGACAGCACUGAAUCGGCACAUCUGCCGCCUUGUGGAUUUCAGCAUGGCAGCCCACGUUCCAUUUUCCAGCGCAAGGGGGGCUCUGUGCGGAUCUCUGCCGUGCGUGGCUCCAGAGGCGGCGCUGAACGAGCCGUACUUGCCUAAGCCAGCUGAUUGUUGGAGUCUUGGGGUGAUACUCCUGGAGACCGCUUGCGGGCAGGGUUCGCUCAAGCUGUCGGUCCGGUGGCGCCGUGGCGAGUCCCUCGCAUACGCCGCGCGGCAAGUACUCGAGUUUUUCUCCCAUGCUAGUUGCCACACCGAGGCGAUGACGAAGAUGGGUAACUCAGUCGACGGCGUAACACUGGCGUGCUUGGAGGCGGUGUUGAAGCCCGAACCAGCUCGCAGAACGAGCGCUUCCGACAUGGUAGGGAUGUUAUCUAUUGGGCGCGCCGAGCAGGUCAAUUUUGAUUGAUUCGUUGUUGGUUGCCUUUGCACUCGGGGCGCGCGUGCAGGAGUGCAUGCAGCUCACAUUUUGUGCGCAGGCUUCUUGCAUCAAGCUUCUGCCCCUAGAGCUAUUCUUAAGCGGUCCUGGAGCCCGUUGUGGGCCUUCGGACGCCGAAAUGCCAAAUGACCGCUCGUCGUGGUUUAGCCCCACCCUCCUACGUCCUACGGGAAGAAGGGGGGUUGGGGGGUUGAGAACAGAGAGAGCUCUCUAAACCACUCACGCCCAAAGGGCUGGUGGGAUUUGUUCUGCCUGAGCCAGCUGUUUGUUGGAGUCUUGGCGUGCUGCUCAUGGAGACCGCUUGCGGGCAGAGUUCCCUCAAGUUGUCGGUCCAGUGGCGCCGUGGCGAGUCCCUCGCAUGCGCGCAUGCAGGAGUGCAUGCAGCUCACAUAUUUCAUUCGCAGACUUCCUGCGUCAAGUUCUGCGCCAAUUGUCCUCCUCCUCCUCCUCAGCUGAAUUCGUCCACGCGGCAGGCCAGCCCAUUGGGGGGAGA